GUUUACUGCUGACUUUUCCUCGCAACCUGUCAUGGCCGACACUUGUCACGUUUUUUCUUUGAACUCCGGCGCCACGGCACACCUGGCACACCUUUGAGAUCCCCAAAAAUGACGUCCGUCCACGAGCCGUUCGCGCUAGCCAGCAUCGCGAGCGAAGCACUCUCCUUCUCCGACGUGUGCGUGAAGCCGGGACCGUCUCCGACGACGGUAAUCGUCACCCACGGCCACAUGUCUGCCUCGCUCGUGGAGAUCGGAGACGGCCAUCCGGUAAAAGUGAAGACCUGGCACACGUCGCAUUCCCAACCUUUCACCUGCCCCGUCGUGUACGACGCGACCCGGGACAAGUACGUCGCGGUGAGCCGCAAGGUCGCCGUGCUCCUGUCGCCGGAGAGCACGGAAGCAACGGCGAAGCGGCAGACCUUCUCCCUACCCGCACCUGUCUUCCGUCUCUUACCACGGACGAACCAAGAACCGAUCAUCGUCCUUCAAAACGGACUCUGCACAACCGUCGCCCACCUGUCGGCACACGGUGUCGCCGAUGACCCCACAUUUAAGCCGAACGAGAAGCUAGUUCACGCCGAGAUCGCAGGCACCGACGAUUCCUCGAUUACGGUGCUUCAAGUCGCCUCCGUGACGUCGACGAAAGAUCACAGGUGUAGGCUGCUGAAACUUCGCGACGCCGCAUUCUACGUGGAUUUCGAAGAGUCUUUGUCGGCGUCUCGCAGUUCCUGUUCGUUCUGCCUCGUGAACGGCGAAGUUGUCGUGCUCGCGACAGACGGUACGUUAUCCCUGCUCUCCAAGUCGGGUUUGAGAGCCGUAGGUUCCGUGCCCGGUUUUGACGGCGACAAAGCCACCAGCGUCACGGCUCUCGACUCCAAACGGUUGUUGGUAGCCUCUGGAGACCACCUAUAUCUCUGGAAUGUCGCCUUUAUGACCCUGGAAGCGAGCAGAGUGCUACAGUUUCCAGUAACGAGGACCAGUUUCUUGCCGUCUGGGUUCGCCUGCUUCGAAGGCAACAAGAACUCGGUGGGCUCUACCCUGAUGUGCGCUCCUGUGACUCUCAAGCCACCCGUGCUGUGCCAGGCGGUGGGGCUUGGCGCCCAAUCCGGGGGAGACAAGAUGCCCACCGUUUCGGUUCUGGCAAAGACAUUGCUUUCGGAAGACAAAAAUCCUGAGCAGAUUCUACGCGACAUUGAAUCGGUUGCGGACGACAUUCCAGAGACUGAACUCGUCAGCCUUCUGCGUCGGCUGCUCAGCACCAACAGCAAGUUGAGCGGAACGGAAGACACCCUGCUGAAAAAGUUGCUAAGGUGUCCUCACAACUGUGACGUCCUUGCCAACCACCUACGGGAAGGGCUACCCUUUGACAAGGCCUGUGCUCUUGUGGUCUACCUCUUGGACUUCCUGGAAGGCUACUCGCUUGCAGACGCUGAAGAUACCCCCGUUGAGAAAGCGCUUGAUUGGGUCGCUUGCAUUCUGGAUGCGCACUUUGCACAGUUCUCCAUGUCCAAAGAGGACAGCAUCGGAGAGCUGAUGGAGCAUCUCAUGGCUGUCAUGGCCCGUAUUCAGGGACUCUUCAGCGACCUUGGGGAGGUGGAACAGUGGCUGUUGGUCCUCUCUAAGAGGGUUGAGCUGCUCAAGUUUGAUGACAGGGGACUGUACACAAUUGAAAUGUUUGAGAUUUGACUCCCUUUCCAGGGAGCGUUGUACAUUGCAUCUGUUUUUAUGCUGCCAUCUAAUAAAAUUUUUGAAAACUUUGUG